AAAAAUAUCUCUUCUUGAACGAUAAGAUCAACUCGGAUUUGGAGAGACUGGAAUUACAUAAUGCGAUCAGAAUGAUUAGAUGGCAGAGUCAAUCUAAAGUUCUUUAUAUCAAUUAUGAUAAGUCAGCAAGUAUUGCACUUGGAAUUCUUCAUAAAUUCGAAAAUCUGAAAGAGCUCAAACUAUUUGGGUGUAAAUAUAGAGAAAUAUUCUCGUGUGGAAAGGAAGAGAAACAUACUGGGAGGCCCACCCAUAAGCAAAUCAAGAGCCUAUCUGAUCUUCCAAAUCUUGAAGUUCUAGAUGUACAUUACUGUGAUAGAUUGAUGAGUCUAGUGCCAUUCUCAGCUUCUUUGCAGAAUCUUAAAGUUUUGAGUGUAACUUCUUGUGAGGGAUUGAUGAAGUUAAUGACCCCUUCAAUGGCUAGAAGUUUGGUGCAGCUAAGAGACAUGAGCAUCUCUUAUUGUGAAAUGCUGAUAGAAAUAGUUGAAAAUGAGGGAGAAGGAGAUGCAACAACAACAACAACUGAAAUUGUUUUUAACAAUUUGAAGAAGUUGUCACUUGAACAGUUAGAGAGUCUAACCUUCUUUUGCUCUGGGAAUUACUCAGUCAAUUUCCCAUCUUUGGAAGAGUUAAUUAUAAAGUAUUGCCCCAAUAUGAAGACUUUCUCCAGAGGAAUUUUAAGCACACCAAAGUUACAUAAAAUUGAUUAUGAGAGGAAGGAGAAAGAUUUAGAGAAUGGGGGGAGUGAGCUUAAUACAACCAUACAACAAGCAGACAAAACAAAGGUUGACUCUAAUUUGACGGCAUUGAGAUUGAGUGAACGGGAUAUCAUACGGAUUUGGCAAGGAGAACUUCCAAAGAAUUCUGGCAAAGUAAAGACUCUUCAAUUGAUAAAGGAUGAAUCAACAAACAUUCCAAUUCAAAUCCUUCAAAAUUUAGCCGUCUUGAAGAACUCAAACUUCAAGGGAGUUCGUACGAAGAGAUUCUCAUGUAAUGAGGAUGAGGAACACGUUAAGACACUCACAAAAUUAAAAGUUCUAGAAUUGUUGGGACUUUUUAAUUUAAAGUAUAUUUGGAAACAAGACUCUCGAUUAAACUCAAUUCUUUAA